AUUAAUGUAGGAUAUCUCAGAAAAAAACAAGGCAAAUAGGGCAAAGCAAGUGAUAAAGCAUACAUCGGGAUCAAAAAGUUAUGCUCAAAUUCGAUAUGAACAGGCACAAAAGAAAGAGGAUCGAAGUGAGCCUAAUAGAAUUGAGAUGUUUGCCUUGACACACACAAGAAAAGAUGGGACACCUGUUGAUGAUCAUUCUAAGGAGAUUAUGGAUCAAUUUCAGCAAUUACUAUCCCAACCUGAAGGGACAUCUUCUUCUACUUCUGCAUCAUCUGGAGCAUCUACAUCUGUAUCAUCUACAUCUGUAGCAUCUACAUAUGUAGAUGAGAUAUAUACUCGAGUCAUGGGUCCAGAGAGACAUGGUCGUGUUCGAGGGUAUGGAUAUGGUCCUACUCCUACCUUAGUCUUUGGUUCUACUAGUAGAAGGCGAUCAGGAGCUAUUCUUUCAACACAACUUGAAAAUGCCCAAGAGAUGCUAAUGGCUGCAGAACAAAAGUUUACAACUGCAACUGAAGAACUCUCCAAUGUGAAAGAUGAACUCUCACAUGUGAAAGAAACAUUUGAAGAAAGGUUGAUAGAAGUUCAAAAGAAGACACGAGAAGAAGUGAAAGAAGAGUUUGAAGAAAAAAUGAUGGAAAUGCAAAGAAAAAUGCAAGCACAAAUGCAAGCACAAAUUCAAGAACAGAUGAUGCAAAUGAUGCAACAAUUUCAGCAAAAGUAGUAUAAAUUUGAAGAUUUUGCUACAUCUUUAUAUGAUAGAGUAUCUUAACUUUUUUGAAGAAUAUGCUACUUAUUUAUAUGAUAGAUUCUCCUAACUUUUUUUGCUUUCUAUGACUAUUAUGUGAUGUUUGGUUGGUUGAUUUGUUA